UUAGCUUCCUCUCUGUUGUCUGUUCAAGGAGAUAUCAAGAUAACUAACUAUGCAGGCCGUAAUCUCUUCACUCAGUGUCAUCAUGAUGGGACUCGCUGCCGUCACAUCUGGCAUGAAGAUAGUAUCGACCCCGUGCAUGUCCAACUGUACGAGGAUACCGGAUGGGGACUAUCAGUCGUGCAUGGGGUGCACCGGUUUCGCCACGUGUUUGGGAGAGAUGCUGUACGAGAGGAAAUGUGUCGGGAACACCAUGUGGGACGACUCCGUCAAACGUUGUGAAGAUACAUCGUCAACCUGCACCACCACGCCACCAACGAGAUGCGUGAGUUCCUGUUACGGUGUGGCCGACGGCGAUCACCAAUCCUGCAACGGCUGCAAUGUGUACGUAACAUGUCACGCCGGUCGCAUCUUUGACAACAGACCCUGUCCUCUUGGGCUCGUCUUCAACGACAACGACAAAAUCUGUGCCAUGGUUUCGCCUACAUGUCCAUAAGUGUGUGGGUGGGGGUGUGGGGUGUGUGAAUACUAUCAUUGAAGGGCAAGGUUGAACAAUGUGAAUUAAAUACAUCAGAAUCAGUCAUAUG